GAGUUGGCGACAAGUCGUGGGUCCCCAGGUGCAGGCGCUGCCCGCUGGGCACUGGUGGCACCCGGGCCUCGCGGGUGGGCCUGGCGCGACUCCGCCGAGGGUCCAAAGGGCGCCCGGGCUCGGAGUGCUGGUCUCCCGGCUCCUCGGGGGCUCGGGGUUGGCUCGGGGUUGGCUCGAGGCGCUGCGGGGAACAACAAAUCAUUUCAAGUUCAAGACAGCUUAGAGUAAGAAACUUUCAACUGUGCUGAAAAACUUAGAUGGACACAUUUUCCUUCCCUUCAUUUAAAAGGUUUUAAAGAAGAAAUAAAAUGGCAGAGGUUUAAAGUUAAUAUUUCAGGAUGAAUGAUGAUAAUUCAAAUGACAAGACAGAAGAUGAACUGCAGUCCUUAUUUAUCAGUGAUAAAAAUGGAAACACAUAUGCAUACAACCAAAAAUCACCAUGUACCCAAAACUCUUCAACCAAUAAUGUGAGUUGGAAUUCUGCCAACCCAGAUGACAUGGUGGUUGAUUAUGAAACCAACUCUGCUGUGGCCUUUGGUGAAAAUAUUUCUUUAAACCCUCAGUGUGUUGAAGUACUUGAACACCAAAAGUCUUCAAGUGAUUUUGUUAGUAAGGAGAUGUUAGACAUGCACAAGGAUUCCACAUGUCUGUCUUUUGCACAUGUUGUAAAUACAGAGGAACCCAAAGAUUUGCGUAACAGUUGUCAUUCCCUAGAAUCAUUUCAGGACCAGAGCGUUGAGACAUCUCUGCCUUUCGUGUGGAAUCCUAACGAUGAUGAUUUGAACUGUACAGGAAACCCUACUGCCUUGGCGUUAAACCAGACAUUUGACAUGAAAGUGGAUAAUGUUAACUGUACCUUCAUAACACAUGACACCACUGGAAAGAGUCAGUCUUUGCCUACCACUGCAAGCCUGCAGCCAACCAGCAUGAGAAGUAGAAAUACAUCUUCAUCCUGUUGCGUUCCUCCAUCUUCCCAUUCUGAUAAGAUAUAUGUGAGAGAAAUGAGUUACGAUAGAGACAGCUUCGAAAACCCUCAAGCUACAGCAUCACAGGCCCAAGACACAACUUACACAGCAUUUUCUGACAUGGUGAUGCAAACUGAUGUGGUUCUUCCAGAUACUGAAAAUCACUGUCACUGUUCUUCGGGAAGGGUCACCAGUGAGUACCCAGAUGGGGCACAGCAAAGACUAGGCGGAGAAAAGGAGAUACAAGCUCUAACACCAGUUUCUGAUGGCAUGGAUGUUCCCAGUGGGUCUGUAUUACAAGAGUUCUUUUGUUCAUCUAAAGAUGAACCAAAUAGUGAGAGACAUUCACAGAGCUCAUAUGGGCAAAAGGAAAUGGGCCAAAAUGUAAGAGAAACAGUGUCCAAUUGUCUUAUAGAUGAUGAAUGCCCUUUACUGGUGCCAGCUUUUGAUAAAAGCAAAACCCAAGUGCUGGACCCAGAACAUCAAGUCACUGUGGCUAAAGACACACCAGUUGCCUCUAAUGAAAAGGAUUUGGGAACCCGGAAUCAUACCAUAGAAUUGAUACCGAAUAGCCCGCCGGGACAAAAGGUGGCUUCAUCAUUUGAACUGACUUGGGAUGCAGAUGAUAUGGUCAUUAGUACAAAUAACAUAGUUUGCAUGUCCACACCAGUCCUAGAACCCACAAACGCAACCUUUUCUCUCUCACCUAUUGAAGCGACGGAGAAAUGGAGUAAAGUGCAGAAGAGUAAUCGAGAGCUUAGACGUUUACCAAACUUGAAGGGGGCACCGAUGAACAUGUCGAAACCUAAUCUAGGAAAAUCAACCACCAAAACGAAUAGCCCCCUAGGCAGCAAAGUUAGAAAAACUGAAAUUAUAAGUUACCCAAGACCAAACUUCAAGAAUGUCAAAGCAAAAGUUGUAUCCAGACCAGUGCUACCGUCCAAGGACCCUACUCUAUCAAAGACUGCACCCCGACCUCAGUUAACUGGGGCCUCAUCACCCUCAUCAGUGUCUUCCUCAAGACCGUCGACAGCUUUGAGAAAAACACCAACGUCUGACUUGAAUGCGGACACAAAAGCAGAAAUCCUAAAUAACAAGACACAUAAGCAGCAAUUUAACAAACUCAUUACGAGCCAGGCUGUGCAUGUUACAACUCAUUCUAAAAAUGCUUCACACAAAGUUGUAAGAACAACACCUGCCGUGAAAUCGAAUCAGGAAGAUGUUGACAAAGCGAGUUCUUCCAAUUCAGCAUGUGAGACUGGGUCCGUGGCUGCCGUUUUUCAGAAGAUCAAAGGUGAACUCCCUAUUAAAAUGGAAAGCACAGAAUGUUUGCAAAUGUCCUAUACUUCCAACAUCGAUAGGAUUAGCCCUGAAAACAAGGGUGAAAAAGAAAAUGGGACACCGAUGGCAAAACAAGAGCUAAAAAAGGAAAUUAUGAAUGAGACCUUUGACUAUGGGUCUCUGUUUUUGGGUUCUGCUUCAAAAACUGCAACCAUCUCAGGUAGGAGUCUAGCCAAGCCCAACUGCUCCAUUUUGAGGAAAACACCUGGUCCGAAAGCCAAAGUGGGACCUUCUGUUUCAUGUUUGAGGCGGAAUAGUGACAGUAGAAAUCUCAACUCUGAUCGAGCCGUAUCUCCCCAGAGGAUAAGGCGUGUGUCCAGUUCUGGAAAACCUGCAUCCUUGAAAACUGCACAGCCGUCUUGGGUGAAUUCGCCUAGACCACUUCCUAAAUCCAAAGCAUCUCUGAAAAGUUCUGCGCUGCGGAGGACGGGAAGCACCUCCUCUGUUGCCAGCACCCACACUGAUCUGAGCACUUACAGCAAUAACUCUGGUAAUAACGCUGUCAUCAAAUACGAGGAAAAACCUCCGAAACCAGCAUUUCAAAAUGGCUCCUCAGGAUCCUUAUAUUUGAAGCCUUUGGUACCCCGAGCUCACGUGCACUUACUAAAAACGCCUCCAAAAGGUCCUUCAAGAAAAGGUCUAUAUACAGCUUUGAAUGCAGUUGAAAAGGGCAGACAGAAGAGUCCCAGAAGUUUAUGCAUCCAGACCCAGACAUCUCCAGAUGUGCUCUCCUCAGAAAAAACACUUGAGUUGGCUCAGUAUAAAACAAAAUGUGAAAACCAAAGUGGAUUUAUCGUGCAGCUCAAGCAGCUUCUUUCCCGUGGUAAUACCAAGUUUGAAGCAUUAACAGUUGUGAUUCAGCACCUCCUGUCUGAGCGGGAGGAAGCAUUGAAACAACACAAAACCCUAUCUCAAGAACUUGUUAACCUCCGGGGAGAGCUAGUCACUGCUUCAACCACCUGUGAGAAGUUAGAAAAAGCCAGGAAUGAGUUGCAAAUAGCUUAUGAAGGAUUUGUCCAGAAGCUAAACCAGCAGCACCAGACUGAUCUAACAGAGCUGGAGAAUCGGCUUAAAGAAUUUUACACCGGGGAGUGUGAAAAGCUUCAGAAUAUCUACAUCGAAGAAGCAGAGAAGUACAAAACUCAGUUACAGGAGCAGUUUGACAACUUAAGUGCUGCCCAUGAAACCUCAAAGUUGGAAAUUGAAGCAAGCCACUCAGAGAAAAUAGACUUGCUAAAGAAGGCCUAUGAAGCCUCCCUUUCAGAGAUCAAGAAAAGCCAUGAAAUGGAAAAGAAAUCACUUGAGGAUUUGCUUUACGAGAAGCAGGAGUCACUAGAGAAACAAAUCAAUGGUUUGAAGAGUGAAAAUGACACUUUAAAUGAAAAGUUGAAAUCAGAAGAACAAAAAAGAAUAUCAAGAGAGAAAGCAAAUUUAAAAAACCCUCAGAUCAUGUAUCUGGAGCAAGAGUUAGAAAGCCUGAAAGCUGUUUUAGACAUCAAGAAUGAGAAGUUGCACCAACAGGACAUCAAGUUAAUGAAAAUGGAGAAACUGGUGGACAACAACACAGCACUGGUGGACAAACUGAAGCGAUUCCAGCAGGAGAAUGAAGAAUUAAAAGCUCGGAUGGACAAGCACAUGGCAAUUUCAAGGCAACUUUCCACGGAGCAGGCCGUCUUGCAGGAGUCGCUGGAGAAGGAGUCCAAAGUCAACAAGCGCCUCUCCAUGGAGAACGAGGAGCUGCUGUGGAAGCUGCACAACGGGGACCUGUGCAGCCCCAAGAGGUCCCCCACGUCACCCGCCAUCCCCUUCCAGUCACCGCGGAACUCCAGCUCCUUCCCCAGCCCCAGCAUCUCGCCCAGAUGACCUUCCUGGGAGCUGGAGACAGACUGCGUUUCUGCAGUACUGACCCACCCACAAUCGUGGGGGCAGGGGGCGGGGCUGGAGCCACCUUCGCUGACACGCACAGCCUGUCCUAGAACUGGAAAGUCAUGGCCCGAACCGGCCCCUUCCAGACAAGACCAGAACUCUGGAGGAAGGACCGACUCGGUCCAGGAGACUCCUCCCCAAACGAUGCUGUCGGAAUGGAUCUACGUGGACGCUGUUGCACAAAGCACUUACGGAACGAGAAGAUCUUGUUCGUUGCCUUUUUCACCUACGCAUAAAGGGGAAAACUCUCAGGGGCCUGUUAAGAUAAAGAUUUAUAUAACCUUUGUAACGUUCUUCACCACAGACACCUUCUUGUGAUUUACAUUUUGGUCUGACUGGGGAUGUGUGAAUGAAGUGGAUGUAACCGAGUGUCAUGUGUCUGAUGCUGCCUCCUUUGCUGAGUCUGUCUAGAGAUGUGCUAAUUAAAUAGUCAGUGUAUGCAUCUCUGCAAAAGCCAUAGAAGAAAGAGCAGUAGUUGCUAGAACUAGAAUUCUUUAC